CUGUUUUCUCAUUCCUCUCUCUCGAGUGAGGAUUCUCUCUUGAAAGCUCUCCUUUCUCGAUUGGAGAAAGAAAAAUUCAUGUGAUUUUUCUCCUUUUCUCUACAAAAGGAGAAGAUCUCUGUCUAGACAGACUUCAAGAUGUUCCCAUGUGAAAAUACAUGCUCUUUGGCCCUAAGAUCGAGAGAUUCUCCAUAGAAAAAGUGAUUUUUCUCGUUUUUCCUUGAAAUCAAUAUAUAGAACUGAGAAAUCUCGGUGUUGUGAAAUCAACGCUACUCUUAAGUCCAGUCCAGAGAUUUUCAGAAGGAAUAAUGCAGUUUCGUUGAUGUUUUCUCAGGAUUACUCGCUUUGGAGUGAUUUUAUUGUGAGCUGUGAACGGAUUUCAGUUUUCUGGAGAAUUUGAAGGAUUUCUUGGAAGGAUGUUGGAGGCACUCAUGUUUUUAUAAAUCAUGAAAUUUUGGACUUCUAACUUGUGAUGGGCAUCAAGAAGAAUUUAAGGACCUUUCCUGCCUGACACUGGAGGGCUUCCUAGCAGUUCUUCUUUAUUCCCUUGAGGUUCAGGAUGAAAGUAUAGAUGCCUCAAGGGAAUAUAUCCUUUGGUCUUUCAAGUGGCCGUGGCAUCGGGUAGAAUUUUAGGGCUUUAUGCCUAUCCUGUCUCAAACUUUAGGGGAGCAGUUUCUUUAUUUUGAUUCCUCAUGUUAAUGGGUUGCCCACAAGGGAAUGAAUUCUUCGGCAUUUUGGAUGUUCGAGGCAUCAAGCAGAAUUUCUGGAUAGCAGUUAAUGGCAUAUCUUGAGCUUGAUUCCUCCUGGGCAUCUACCACUCACCGAUCCUUUGAGGAUUCUUUUGAUGUGUAUCUGGAAGGAAGCAUCCCGGCCAAUCUUUUAGCUUUGCCAGAAGCUUCAACAUCUUCUUUAUGCCACAAUAGAAAUAUUCCUGAACCACCUCCUCUCCCUGGUGUAGCUCAUGCCAGCACCAAUUUCUCGAAAAAGUUUUUUGGUUAUAGUUAUGUCUUAAAAGAGACAAAAGAUACAUGGGACACGCUUUUCAAGGAAGGAUACAAAGCAGAUGUGCAUAUUCUCACAGCUGACAAGACCAUUAUUCCAGCUCAUUCAAGUGUUCUUGGUAUUUCAUCACCACUGCUGAGAAACUUCUUGGAUCAUGCAAAAGUUAAAGGGGGAAUUCGAUGCAUUAGAAUACCUGGAGUACCGUCUGGAGCUGUUCAUGCAUUUAUCCGCUUCCUUUACUCUUCCUGCUAUGAGCAGGAAGAUAUGGAGAGGUUUGUCUAUCACUUGCUGGUAUUAUCUCAUGCUUUCUCAGUCCCCUCGCUGAAAAAGAUCUGCGUUGACCUACUACAGCAGGAAUUGUUGACGGUGGAAAAUGUGAUCGACGUGCUUCAGCUAGCAAGAGAGUGUGACAUGCCGCGUCUUUCCCUUUUCUGCAACCGUCUGGUUGUGAAGAACUUCAAGUCGGUUUCCACAUCAGAAGGAUGGAAAGUAAUGAAGAAAGCCAAUCCCAGUCUUGAACAGGAGCUCCUGGAAUCUGUCGUGGAAGCAGAUUCUAGAAAGCAUGAGAAAUUGAAGAAAAGGGAAGAGCGGAAUAUAUACCUGCAGCUGUACGAUGCCAUGGAGGCCCUUUUGCACAUAUGCAGAGAUGGGUGCGGGACAAUUGGCCCCCGUGAGAAGCUGCUGAAAGGGACUCAAGCCUCCUGCAGCUUCACGGCCUGCAAGGGGCUUGAGUUGCUGGUUCGUCAUUUCUCAAGCUGCAAGAGGCAGGUGCCUGGCGGAUGCGUCCACUGUAAGCGCAUGUGGCAGCUUCUCGAGCUCCACUCUUGCAUGUGUGGUGAACCCGAUUCUUGCAAAGUUCCUCUCUGCAGGCAUUUUAAGGAGAAGAUGCAGCAGCAGAGCAAGAAGGACGAGGCAAAAUGGAGGCUGUUGGUCAGCAAAGUGAUGGCAGCCAAAAGCUCGAUCAGCUCCUUCACACAAUGGAAGAAUCCCUUCAUAUCUGACACACAUAUGCAAGGCCAUUGGCGAUUGGCAGAAGCAGCAGGUGUGUCAUGCUGUCCAAAAUAACAGCGAAGGUGUUGUAUGUAGUAUUUAAUCUAGGAAAGUUUUGAAAAAAAAAAUACAUAUAGAUUUCACAUUCUGGUACAUUUUUCAAAAAAGUUUUCAAUAAGCUAUCACAUUAAUUCAAAUAA